UAUGCUCUGCUGUAUGCUCUGCUGUAUGCUCUGCUGUGUGCUCUAGCUUGUGACAUCUCUAUACCCCACCUCCCGCCCGCCGCCUUUCGGAAAGGUGGGCCGAACGACGCCGCGUGUCCCCCUCAUCCGGGCCACACUACCUAUCGUACACAAUUCUCCAGCUCUUUAGACUGUCACUGCCCAUCCUCUCUUUGACCUCCCGUCUCCCCCCCCCCUUUUUUUUCCUGAGGAGAGUUCGUCUCACUGUUCUGCAAAAGUCAAAGGCUGGAGCGAGUCUAUUUCCGAAAACCACAACAGGCAUCAUGACAUCCACUUUGAAGUCGCUCGUCACUGGCGCCAAGAAGUUCGCCCUCGGCACAGCUCACGCGGCGCCUGCGCUCGAGCUAUUUCCCAAGACGGACCCUGCCGUCGACGGCGACGAUUGCGACCACGACUGCGAGAGCUGUAAUGUCAAGUACCCUAAAGGCUUCAAGAUUGAAAAGAGCGACGAGCUGUAUGGCCAUAUCAAGAGAUGGAGCACCCACGCCCUCGUUGCGACGGGCAAGAGUGACUGGGUGAGGGACGUUGCGGACGAAAAGGGGAGUGUGAUGGAAGCCAUUGACAAGGCCGCCGCACCCAGUAAUGGAAAGCUGAUGCUGUCCGCUUCCAACAUCCCUACCCCGACACACUCGAGCAACUAUUCGGAACCCACGACCGUCCUUCUGCUUCCCGCCUUCGUCAUCAUCGACAACGUCACGCCCAAGCGGGUUCCCAAGCUCAUCACCGAGUUCGUCGACAAGGCACCGACCAACAGCUCCCCCCUCGCGCCCCUCACCCUUCCCGCGUCCGUUCCCGUGGAGUCGUCCAAAGAGGCCGCGAAGGGCAUACCCCCUGAGAUCUCCCGGCGUCCGUGCCCGCACAGCGCGCUGAUCCUCCUCUGCUCGCAAAAGACGCGCGACGCGCGGUGCGGCCAGUCGGCUCCACUGCUGCGCAAGGAGCUGGAGCGCCACCUGCGGCCCCUGGGUCUCUUCCGCGACCUGGACGAUGAGCGGCCCGGCGGCGUGGGAAUCUACUUCAUUUCGCAUGUCGGGGGCCACAAGUACAGCGCCAACGUCAUGGUCUAUCGCCGGCCGGACGCGUUCGGCCUGGACGGUGUGGAGCGGGCGAAAGCGAGCGAAGACGAGCUCGUGCCGAAGCCGAGGACGGCGGCCCUUCCGGAGACGGAGGACGUGGGCGCCGCACAGUGCAUUUGGUUGGCGAGGGUCAAGCCGGAGGACUGCGAGAACCUGGUGCGGUACACGGUCCUCCAGGGCAAGGUUGUCAAGCCCGAGACGCAGCUGCGCGGCGGUUUCGACCGCGCAAAGGGGAAGAUGAGCUGGUAAGAGAAGGCGGGGCUUGGACGGAUGGGUAUCAUUCGUCAUCGGAGUACAAUACAUUUAAAGAAUCGCAUUCCACAAAGGGGGUUAGAGCUACGGAAUGCUAGUGUGUUUGGGCGUUUGGCGUGUAUACAACGAGGCAAAAGGACUAGCACAGUUCUACGUAGAAGAGCUUUACGAGAAGGACAAUUGCUGUCACGGCUUUUUAGAGGCUUAUGCUGGAUCAACCUUGAUGAGCUGAAAUGUUGCGAUCGCUUUGUGGCCCCAAUUUGUAUUGGGAAUAGUAAGAGAGAGCCAUAGUCGACCGGAGGACGGGUCCCGCUCACUACCGGC